UAAAGUAUCUCUCGUGUCAGUGGACUGACUUUUUGCACCUUUUCCGUCAGUGGAAGAACUGAACUAGAGUGCACGCCAAUACGCGACUUUGCCAGUCUGGUGCUGCUGUUGCUGAUGGUGGUGGGCUGAACCGAGAAUCAUCAAGUUUCCAUUUUUCUUUUAGUGUAUUUGCAUCCUUCAGUGUCUCCGUCUUUGAUCAGAAAUGCCACCGGACCACAUGGGAGCAUUUCGCGCAUCGGUUUUACUGACUUCUGUGAUAAUCUGCAAUAACGUGCUGUGUCCCGUCCUCGGCUAUCUCUACAACAACCGCUACGCAGGUGAUAAGGUCUUCAAGAUCACGCCGAGUAAUGAUGAGGAGGUCCGAACCCUAAAAGAAAUUCUCGCACACAUGAAGGUGGAUUUCUGGCAGCCCAACAGUGCUUCUCUAAUCUGUCACAAUGCCACAGUGGAUGUCCACGUGAAACGUAACGACACGCAAGGUUUACAUGCACGCUUAAAGCGGGAAAAUAUUGAUUAUCAGGUAUUUAUCUCCAAUCUACAGAAGGAAAUUGAAAAGCAGACGGGAUAUCGCUCCUCUCGCAAGCGGAGGUCAGAGGCUCAGUAUGACUACGAGGUUUACCACUCUCUGGAAGAGAUCCAGAGCUGGAUGUUUAUGAUGAACACAACCCACCCCAAUCUGGUUGACGUGUUCUCUGUUGGGAAGUCAUAUGAAGGAAGACCGCUUUAUGUGCUUCAGCUAGGAAAGAAACGUCGUCUCCAGAAGAAAGCUGUGUGGAUCGACUGUGGUGUUCACGCCAGAGAGUGGAUAGGACCUGCCUUCUGCCAGUGGUUUGUCAAAGAGGCUAUCAGCUCAUACCAAUAUGACUCUGUGAUGACAAGACUACUGAACCAGCUCAACUUCUACAUCAUGCCUGUCUUUAAUGUGGAUGGCUAUCGUUUCAGCUGGACUACGGAUCGGUUCUGGAGAAAGACACGGUCCAAAAAUCACAAGUUCCACUGCAGGGGAGUGGACGCUAACAGAAACUGGAAAGUAAAAUGGUGUGAUGAAGGUGCCUCUUCUCAUCCGUGCGAUGACACGUAUUGCGGUCCCUUCCCCGAAUCUGAACCUGAAGUCAAAGCUGUCGCUAAGUUCCUGCGCAAGCACAAGAAACGCGUGGAAGCAUACAUAUCCAUUCAUGCCUAUGCACAAAUGCUGCUUUACCCAUAUUCCUACAAGUAUGCCACAAUCCCCAACUUCAACUGUGUGGAGUCAGCAGCUCACAAUGCAGUGACAGCCUUGUACUCUGCCUAUGGCGUGAAGUACAGAUACGGACCUGCCUCCACAACUCUGUAUGUCAGCUCAGGAAGCUCUAUCGACUGGGCAUACAGGAACGGGAUCCCCUACGCAUUUGCAUUUGAGUUGAGGGAUACGGGAUAUUUUGGUUUCCUUCUGCCCGAAUCCCUAAUAAAGCCAACCUGCACUGAGACUAUGAGAGCCGUGAAAGCCAUCGCAUCAGGAGUGCUGAAGAAGUGCAAGACAAAUAGGGAGAAAUUUCCAUAUAUAUGACCACACCCUCCGACUUACCUAUCUUAGCACCUAAUAUUUUCCUGAGAUUUCAUAUUCCGCUCAGAUGUUAUCAAGCGACGAACCGACAAAGAUCCUCAGAGCGUGAAUUUGAAUUUGUCGUUCAUCUUAUUCUCCUUUUUCUGAUAACAGCUGAUGGUGAUGUAUUUUUGUGUGCAAACAAUCCA